UUUUACUUUUUUGUUUACAUCCACCUCUGUCCUCUCUAGUACACAUGACGUCAUUUUAUUUUCCUGGCCAUCCGCCGUUUGAAAGUGCGCAUGCGCACGGGCCCUUCUAAACACUCCCCCUAGCGUCACGGAGCGGGCGGUGCAGCAUCAGCGGCUCGUGCCCAUCACGAAGACUCGAGGCUGCCUGGAAAGUCGCCUCCCCAUUCCGUCGAGCAUCUUCACCAGCCAGCACCGAAGUCCUGUCAUUCUGUCCGCCGGUUGCCCGCAGCCACCCUCCCCCUCGUCCUCCACCUCAAAAUGUCCGUGGGCAAUGACUUUGGGAACCCUCUGAGAAAAUUCAAACUCGUCUUCCUCGGGGAGCAGAGCGUUGGAAAGACGUCUCUGAUCACACGGUUCAUGUAUGACAGCUUCGACAACACGUAUCAGGCAACAAUUGGAAUCGACUUCCUGUCCAAAACAAUGUACUUGGAAGAUCGAACGCGUUCUCUCUCUGAACCCCAGGUGAGGUUGCAGCUCUGGGACACAGCAGGACAAGAGCGCUUCAGAAGCCUCAUCCCCAGCUAUAUACGGGACUCCACAGUGGCCGUGGUGGUCUACGACAUUACAAAUGUCAAUUCCUUCCAGCAGACAUCAAAAUGGAUUGACGACGUGAGAACGGAGAGAGGAAGUGAUGUCAUCAUCAUGCUCGUUGGCAAUAAAACAGACUUAGCAGACAAGAGACAAAUUACGAUCGAGGAAGGAGAGCAGAGGGCUAAAGAACUGAGCGUCAUGUUCAUCGAGACGAGUGCCAAGACAGGUUACAACGUCAAACAGCUGUUUCGUCGUGUAGCAGCUGCUCUCCCAGGGAUGGAAAGUAUGCAGGAAACAAGCAAAGAAGGAAUGAUCGACAUAAAGUUGGACAAACCCCAGGAGCCCCAGAGCACCGAAAGCGGCUGUUCCUGUUAGUGUUCAAGGUUCCAUAUCCUGGAAUCCCAUCAUCUACUCCACAUCGCUUGUUACUUUGCUUCCCAUUGGUUAACCCGCUGUUGACUUUUGCACGUUGAGAUCCAUGAUUUCCUCACCCAGCCACUAGCCAUUGGUUGGAACUAGCAAUAUGUGAAAUUGGGUCUACUUUGUCAACAAAAAUGCUAAAACGAAAACGAUCCUACAACUUGGUAAAAGCUUAAAAAAAAAAUGCCCCAAAAAAUCCUAAUCUGAGUGUAGAUUUGUUUUUUCAUGGGGGAAUGUAAAGCUUUCCUGUUUUUUUUUUUUUUUUUUCUUUCAUCUAAUUUUUGCAUAAUCAGAGGAAUCCCUCUGGAAGUUUUUUUUUUUUUUUUUUUUUUUUUUUUUAGGGAAACAAGAACUUUUGAGUGUCUGAGAGCCUGAAGAACAGACCGGACCAUAUUGUGUGCCACAGCUCUUGUUGGCAGUCACAGAAAUGUUGAUCCGUGUAACGUUUCCUCUUCAUAACUAUUCUUCAGUAUCUCAGAUGUUAUUACAGAACAGCCAGUAACAGCCUUCCUGCCUGUAGCCCCGCUGGUGUCCAUACGUUUGUACUUCAGAUGUUCCGGAUGAAUCUGAACUGUCAAGUCCAGAUGAUGUAAUGCAUGCCUAGUUGUAAAGCAUAGGUACUGUCUACCUUUGUACACGAGUUUGAAAAUGUAAUGUUCCACUAGUGACGUGAUGCACUGCGUCCACAGCGUUCUUGGAGCUGGGUUUGUAUACUUGACUUCUGAUCACCUUUUUGCCGUGUUCGUAAUCUUGUGCUUUCUGUAUCGAUGGCAUUAGAACGCAGUUCCACUGAGGACCGCUGCCACGUCACUUCACUCCCACCACAUUCCAUCUCUUCCUAGGACACCUUCAGUUUGUGUGUCACAGAUUGUGUCCAACUGCUGUUGCAUUGUGGGGAAAUUGUGUUUUAAUGAUUAAAAUCUGCACGUGCAGAUUGCUGUAAAUGAGCAGUGAAGAGUCCCACCCUCAGCCACGUGCCGGUGAACACAGUUCCCUUUGUGCAGACGGAUCAACUACACCCUUAACAUCGUUCCUUUGUUUCCUCACCGACUAAAGACUAAUUUGCACAUGUAGACCUUUCAGGUUAUUAUGAAGCUGUACAGUCGCUUAAUUCAAAGAUGUGUCUGAUUGUUAAAGAAAUUGUUGCAUAACAUGUUUCCACUUUUGGGUCGUCUUUGCUGCUUGUGUUUAAACUGAAUGAAAUGUUGACAUUAUGGAAUGUUUUAUUUUUCCCAUCUGUGGGGCGAUUCUAACGUUCUGGUGGUGAAGUCAGCCUGUGCUAAGAACACUACUUCAAUUUGAUGUGUCUUUGAUGUAAAAUCUUUACAGCACUUUUGCAGAAUGUGUUUUAGAUUUAGAGUGAAAACGUAAACUGUUCAAACAUGUUCAUCUCCACACAAUUUGGAGUACUGUGUCCUAGAGUAGAAGCAUUGAUUUACAAAUUGUUUUCACAUAUCUAUAUGUGGAGCACUCUUCUAAAGCAAACUCUUAUCAAACAUAAUGAGCCAAAUAAUAAAAAAAAAAAAGAUUAAAUAUCACAGGAAGUCUUCACCAGAAUCCAAAAAAAAUAAAAAUAACGUACCAUUGGACUUUCCUCAACAUGCUAAAAAAGAAGCUCUGUGGGUCCAUUUCACAAACGGAUGUUCUGGGUUCCUUACCAUACAACCUUGCAAGAAAAACACUCUUUGAGCAACAAUUGGUUAUUCAAAUGAGUUUUGGAGAUUCUCCAUUGUAUUUAAACCUAAAUAUGUAAACGUCCACUUUUAUUUGAUGGCCCAUUUCAACUUUCCAUAAAAGUGGACCUAGGUACGUAAAUGAGAUGUUUGCCUGUUGGAGCAGGAGGUGGGGGGGGGGGGGAUUUUUGUCAUUGUGCGGUCACAGAUCAGUGCAGUGAACCUGAUUAGUGCUGAACUGGUUCUCAUUCACACUGUACAGAGAUUUAGCAUGUCUCUCCAAAUGGUUAAUAAAGAUGUCUUAUUACCAAC